CAAGAUUUGUGGGUUGGAAUGACAUCACUGAAACCUUUCUAAACUUUUACAACUUCAUUUUGAUGAACAACUAUCAUUAUCUCUGACUGAAGAAUAACUUAUGUCACCAAUAAUGUACUAGCAUUACCAGUUAUGUGUCUUUAGAUUUAAGUCAAAGCAAAUAUUUUAAGAUGUUAUUUUUAUUUAGUCAUUUCUACCCUUUCCUUAAAUCAGGGUUUGGGUUUUGUUUGUGCCAUGAAAGAUUAAGCUUCAUGUCGUAAAAGCCGCUCAAAUAAAAAGCUUACUCCACGUUAAUGUGCAACAAAACUGACCAUGUCAACACAAUUUGUUCCUGCAACUUUUGAACACCAGCUGACUGUCAAACCACCUUCUACUACCAAGAGAAACGAUCUCUACCCUGUCCCACAUGCACCGUCAGCUUUUACCACACUUUAAUUGGGUUUGUUGUCAGCAAGAAAUCUGCAAUUACUUAAAAAAAAUGUUUAUAUAGAUUGAACACAAAAAAGCAAAGAAACAUCGAGAUGAAUGAGUGAGAUGUUUGAGGAAGACAUAAAAAUCAGAGAAACAGGCUGGAUGUAUUUUUAGUUUGACCGUUAUUUAUGCUCCAAAGCCAAAAAAGUCAUCAGGUGAUGUUACAGUGACAAAUUUCAUCUCCGGAAGUCCAUAAUCACAAGGCUUGAAAGGACUUUGACCACCACAAACUGGUGUCUCAAGAGAGGAGCUCCAAAUCCUCAGGUCAAACGGAGAGGGAGAGAUUCACCUGCAGGCUUUUCUGCUCAGCUGUUGUUUGACGAGAAUGGAGGUUUUUGGCCUGAGGAGGACUCAGUCCCUGAGGAGCCUUUCUGGGGCUCAGGAGAGGUCAUGGGUCAUGCCUGCUGCAGCAAACUGGAACAGAAAGUCGGUUUCCCAGCUGGUGCAACAUUACCAAAGUUGUGCUGAUCUGAGCAGUUGUGAAAAAGCAGAGCAGAAGCUUGAGGCUUCAGAGAACUGUGUGGACGAUGGCUGCAGAUUUGACAGCAGGAAGAGUCAGGCCGUGUGGGAAUCAGGGAGACUCAGUGCUCAUUCCAGAAGUCGUUCUAUGGACUUCCUACCACAGAAGGACAAGUUGGGCACCAGGGCUCUAUGUGCGCUAUUUGAGUCCAAGGCCACCCUGCAGCAGAGCUUUAACAGCAGCCCCAGGCUCAACUCAUUCUCUGAAGUAGAUGGUAAAGCUAUGAUUGACUGCCCUCUGCAGGACAAAGUGAGUCAUAACACCACUCCAAAGGACACCUGGAUUCAGAGAACAACACAGGAGGAUGUGGGAAAGCCCACGAAUGGGCGUUACAGCCGAGCUGCGAGACAGUCACAUGAUGACAAAUAUAACUCAUCAGUGAGCAGGAGCAGCCCCCCCACAACAAAAAGCAGAGACAGGGCAACGACCUCCCCAUCAGUCAGAGACAGAUCAGCGCUCUAUCUGUCAAGAGCAGCAGCAGACUCCACCGGAGGCCCAGUACAUCCGGAAGUGACUGAAAAUUCAGCAACGCGGACUAAAAGGAGCAAGAUGGCCGAAGCAGUCAGUAGAGUGAGAGUCUCUCAACCACCUCAUGAAGAAGAAGACCUGCCCCCUCCUCCACCUCCUCCUGUACCAUCUAGGCCCACAGACUAUGAAGAUCCUGCAGCACUUCCUGUGCCUCCCCCCAAAGAAACCUUCUCCUCGUUCUACGAGCAAAGGCAGAAGAGUGAGCUGAAGAGGCUCUUCAAACACAUCCACCCUGACCUGCGGGCGGGGCUCGAUGAUGCAGUGGAUGACGAUAUCAUGAAGGCGGUGCAGUCGGAGGGCAACCAGGACCCAGCCUACAGUGGUGAAGUGCAGUCCAUGAAGUGGAUCUUUGAGAACUGGACUCUGGACAACAUUGGAGAUCCCCAUGAAACCAGAAAGUUACUGCUCGAGGAGGAGUUGAAAGGUGGAGAUGUCAGAAACACCUCUCUAGUGUUUGAGGGCAAUGAGAACCCCAUCCUCAAACCUGUUGAGCGCCAAACCUCCGUCAUGGGAGAUGUAAGAACAUCCAUGUGGUUAUUUGAGACCCAGCCUUUAGACUCCUUCAAUAAACCAAAUAGCGAAGAGAGCGAACUUGUUGAGGCACUUCUGAAAGAGCCGAUCCAGCCUGGCAACGUCAGAGGGACUCGGCUUCUUUUUGAGUCCAAACCUCUGAGUGACUUGGGCCGAAGCAACUCCUGUGUGGAUCACAGCUUCCUCAAGCUUAAAUCAGAGCUUCAGGAGCAGAAAGGAGACGUUCAGAAGACUGUGAAGCUCUUCCAGACAGAUCCUGGCUGUGCCAUCAGAGACACCAGCGGCAACAUCCACGAGAUUAAAUCCAUCUGCAGGGAGGAGAUCAACAGCAGUGAAAUCCGUACAGCCCGUUGGCUUUUUGAAACUCAGCCUUUGGACCUGAUCAAUAAAGGCAGUGAUGGAGUGAAAAUAAUUCGGGGUAUAUCUCUGGAAGAAGGACAGAAAGGAGGCGUUGAUCAAAAGAGGUGGAUGUUUGAAACUCAGACAUUCGACACAAUUCAAGAAGUUGUUGGCACAGACAAGCUUGAAGCUCAAGUGGCCAUCUGUCCUGGAGAGGCUGACGUCAGCAACAAAAGGAAGCUCUUUGAAAUGCAGCCACUGGCAAGUCUAAAAGGGGACGCUGACGAAACAUUUGUGGAGAAAGAAGAGGUGAUUGGUGGAGAUGUCAAGACUUCUCUGUGGCUGUUUGAAACUCAGCCCAUGGAGGCCUUUGGUGAAAACUAUGAGGUUGGGCACUUGAAGAAAAUUACCAUUUCAGCUGAAGAACAAGGAGAAGUAAGAGACAGAAAGCAAUUAUUUCAGAAUGGCGGCACACAUGAGGACAUCUUACCAAAAGAACAGGUGAUGGAAAAGGGGGAUGUAAAGGGAUUCAAGCAACUUUUUGAAACAAUUGUCUCGAGCAAAAGUGCUCAAAGUCAGGAGACUUUUGCAAAAGUAAAGACCAUUGAAGGUGGAAAUGUCAAAGAAAAUAAGCUGAAGUUUGAAACAACUCCUUUAUACGCAAUCAAAGACAGCUCUGGAAACCUCCAUGAGGUUACAACUGUCAGUCGAGAGGAAUUCAUCAAGGGGAAAGUCAAAAACUACAAGUGGAUGUUUGAGACCAAGCCUUUAGACCAGCUAGCAGAGAGAAAAGGAAGUGUUGAGGUGAUCAAGGGAAUCACCAGACAGGAGGAGAGCACAGGUGAUGUCAAGAUGGCUAAGUGGCUUUUUGAAACUCAGACAAUAGAUAACAUCCAUUGCAAGGUCAACCAGACAGAAAAAACUUCUGCAGAGAAAGGGGAGCUUUGCAAAGGGGACGUGAAGUCCUGCAAAUGGUUAUUUGAGACCCAACCAAUGAAUGUUCGAUACGAAAAAUCAGAAAAACUGAAGAAUGAAGAUUUAACUGAUGGUACCAAUGUCAAGUCUAUUACCUGGCUAUUUGAGUCUCAGCCUCUCGACAACAUCAGACACGGUGAGCCAUACAACUUGAGACUAUGUGGGACUGUUCAGGAUUCUGUCAAAUCGAAAGUCGACAUUCAAACAGUCAAACAUCUUUUUGAAACUGAAACCUUGGACAGAAUAAGAAAAGAUUCAGAUUCAGAACAAGACCUGAGGUGUAUCAGUCAGGUUGACUUUCAGUCAGGUGAUGUCUCUCGUGUCAAGGAGCUUUUUGAGUCCCACUCACUUGAUGAAAUAGGAUCAGAAAUUGUGAAAACCUCUGAAAGUCAGAGCCAAGAGGAACAGAUUGAAAAAGGCUCGGUUCAUAAAGUUACUUGGAUGUUUGAGAACUGCCCCAUGAACUUAAUCAACAAGGAUAACGAUGAAGCAAAUACGCAGAAACUCUUUUGUGAAAGUGGCGAUGUACAGAACAAGAAGUUUAUAUUUGAAACAUCCUCUCUGGACAGAAUCCAAAAGAAGCCCUUAGAAGAGGUUUCAGCCUCUGUGGAAGGACCUGCGAGCAAUGUUGACGUGAAGUCGAGCACCAUGAUGUUUGAGUCCCUGCCGCUGUAUGCUAUUAGAGACAAGGAGGGCCAGUUUCAUGAGGUGACAACUGUGAAAAAGGAAGAGGUAUUGAGUGGUGAUGUUAGAGGAGCAAGGUGGAUGUUUGAGACAAAACCGCUCGAUGCCAUCAAAGCAGAAAAGGAGGUCUACGUGAUACGAGCCGUCACACAAGAAGAUGUCAAGAAAGGUGGCGUUGAAUCUGCCAGGUGGAAGUUUGAGACCCAACCUCUGGACUCUUUUGGCAGCCAAGAGGAGCCUUCAGUCAGGGUUUCUGAAGACUUUGGAAGCAGCAGUGUGCAGGAAAAUAAAAAGCUGUUUGAGUCUGAUCAGUCAAACCAGAAGUUUGUAAGAACGGUGAGUGUCACUGAUGUCCAACGUGGUGACGUGAGGACUUCGACCUGGCUCUUUGAGAAUCAGACCAUUGACCGUCUGAAGGGGGAACCUGAGGAGCAGAGUCAAGUGAAAAGAGUCCACAGAGAAGACAGCCAGAAAGGCGAUGUAAAGCGCUGCACCUGGCUAUUUGAAUCCCAGCCGCUGGACAAAAUCAAGGACUCAGAAAACACUACAGUCCAAGAUGUCGAGGAGAUGCCUAAAGCUGAUGUAAAGUGCACCACCUGGCUCUUUGAGACCACCCCACUGGACAAAAUCACCGCCAACAGUGUGACUGACACUCUUUCUUACUUGCACCAAAACCAUUUUGUGCAAUCAAGUGGUAUUGUCAUAGAAGCCAAAGAGAGCAAGACUAUUACCAUGGCAAAGUAUCUGCUUGAGAGCAACACGGGUGUGCAGAUUCAGAAGGAGGAUGUGGUUGAAGGCAACAUCAGUAACAUCAUGCUCCAGCUCCUGCUAACGCCAACACUGGCACCACAAAUCACCCUUCUGAGACAAACAGAGAAAGGUGAAGUUAACACCACAGUGGUUGAGCUUCCAGUCUUGGAGUUGACUUACUCUACCACCAUUGACAGUGAUCAAAGAGUUAGAAACAUAGUCCAAACAAUAGACCAGCUUCUCAUUCCAAAUAAGAAUCUCAAGAAGGGAAUCAUAAUGCAAGAGACUGGAGAGGGGCGAGCAGAAAUGUCUGUUUAUUCACUUUACAUCAACACAGAAACCAGAACUGAGAGUCAUGUCACAGAGAGAGGAGAUGUUAAGUCUACCAUUGGAAACCUGUUGGCGUCUGCUCACAGUCAAAGACCAGCAGUUUCAUGCAGAGUGGACGAAAGUGAGAAAGGAAAUGUGAAUUUGUACAAAAGCUGCAUUGAGAAAGGAGACCUUGAAUAUCUGAGGAGUCUUCAUGCUGAGGCAUCUGAGAGUGAAGUCGAUGACGGUCUCUUGGUGAAGGAGCAGUUAGACACAGUUCAUGGGAGCGUGAAGGAAGCCAAGAAAAGCCUUUGCCACCAAAAGGAGCACAUCGAAAGAUCCAUUUGUGAUGUUUUACCGGGAGAUGUAAAGAACACCAAAAAGGUUUUUUCCUCUGAGUGUGCGCUUAGCAUUGACAGCUGCAUGUCAAAGGAAGAAAUCAUCCCUGGUGAUGUUUCAUCAGCAAAGCAACAACUUUUUGUGAAGCAACCAAUCGUUUUGGACAAAGAAGAGGUUGUUGCAGGAGACAUCAAAGCAACCAUGGAGUCUUUGGAGCUUGCAAAAGAGCAGAGCAUGCACAUGGAACGGGAGAUAAUUGUGCCUGGAACAAUCUACGACAUGGACCUGUCAACCCAAGGUCCCAUAGAAGAAGGGAAUCAAGCACAAAAGGAGGUCAUUAUAUCUGGAAACGUGAAAGCAGCAAAAAGAUCUCUUGAAAUGGCAAAGCAGCAAAGCAUGCACGUGGAGCGAGAGGUUGUUGUUCCUGGAAAAAUCUACAACUUGAGCACAAUGGCCCAAGAAGAAAGCUCCACCACUGUGAUGCAAUCCUCACACUCUUCCUCCUCCAAGUGCCAGCAAAUCAGGACUCAUCCCAAGGUCAGUGAUGCAGAGAGGAAUCAUAGAGGCCAGAUUUUCUUUGAGGCUUGUCGACCAAGUGAAUUUGUAGACAAUAGUUGUGCAACAGAGUCAAAACCACGCUCUGAUGUUUGUGAUUUUAAUGGUCACACAACUGAAGAUGAGACAGAGGAAAUCAUUAAGGGAGAUGUGAAGGCAGCGAUCAGGUCUCUGCAGAGUCCACCGGCAGAUCACAAGAUUGUAGAAAAAAACAACGUUGUAAGAGGAAAUAUGCAAUUGGCUUUGGAGUCUCUAGAGAAAUCUAAUAUAAAUGUGUCCAGAGGAGACUACAAAGCUGCCAUGAUAUACAGGAAUUCAGGCAGGGCUUGUUCAAGGAGAAACAGGACUGUUCACAAUCAUUGUGCUGUGGUGUCUGUACCUCCAUCUGACACGUUAUCUCCUUCAAUUUCAGUAACCUGCGAAGGACAGCCAGCCAUAGCAACACAGAGUCCAUCCCCCAACCCCAUAGCAUAUGGAAACACUCAAGCGUCAAGCUCCGAAGGAGUAACACCACCUUUACCUCCUGAAAAGGGUGAAAAACCACAGGAACAGAAGCCAGCUUUACCACCAAAGCCACAAUGGAUGAAAUCUGUGCCCCCAGAAAGACCAAACACCUUACCAACUCCGGCCCCCAGUACAGCAUCUCCUCUGACACAAAAACACCCAGUUCGUACGAUGCCCCAAAACAAACGGCAAGAUGUCCCAGCUCACCAAACGAUAAACAAGUAUGCAGAUGAAGUAGAUAUAAACCAAACAAGUGUUUCAAUUGUCUCAACGAUUGAGGAUUGUAAGGAGAAAGCACAAAUGUCACUUACAAAGACAGAAGCAGAUAUCCAACUGCUAGAAAAUGAAGAUGGAAUAAAGAAAAUAAAUGCAGCUGAGGAGAUUCAGAUGUGCAAGAGGAGACAUGCAGAAGAAGGAAAGGAGGAGAUGAACACAAGUUUGCAGUCUGUUGUUCAAAAGUUUGACAGACAGAACGGUGAGGUUUCCAACCCAAGACCGGUUCUGGCAAAGAAGGUUAAAGUCACAAAUGACAGAAAAACUGAUAAAUCUGACACAAAUGGGGAAAUGUCCCAGAUUAAUAAUUCAGUCGAUGCAUGGCAGCCCCAUCUAAAAGUACAGCAGAAACCGGACUGUCAGGAUAAAGUUGUUCUCAGAGAGAAAAAAGGGAGAGAGACUGAAGACGAAAGACGACAAAGGCUCUCUAUUCACAAGGAGGAGAUCAUGAGAGAAAAUGAAGAGGCAGCUUUGGAAAUUUUUGAAAACUUAAGGAAACGGGAGGAACUCAAAGGAGUCCUGUCUCAGGUGAAGGAGAUUGAGGGAGAGUCCUCAGUGGAGGAGAAGAGCUCCGUAAAGACAUUAUAUGUUCCUGAAUGGAUGGUGUCAAGUAAAACUGCGAAGCAAAGUAAAAUGGCUGCAAAGAAAGUUGAAGCAGAAGUGCAGGAUGACGAUAUGGAAAGCAUUUCGUCCGUUGAGAUGGCAUUUGAAGAUCUGGAGAAGGCUAGCAAAGACAUACGGAAGCUGAAGGAACAAACAUUAACAAAGCUUCUCAACAUUGAAGAAACGAUUAAAAAGGCUUUGUAUUCAGUGUCUAACCUAAAAUCUGAGGCAGACAUUGCAGGACUGUCAGGGCUGUUUGACGAGUCUUUGAAAUCAGAGCAAAGCCUUCAGCCAGCCAACAACAUCAAGAAGAUAAGUAUCGUAUCAAGCAAGACCAAACCAGGCGUCCCCAAAGGGACGACGGAUUCAAAAUGUCCAAAAGAAGAAGCUCCCAAAAAACCACUUGUUAGGCAGUCAUCUUCUCAAUCCUCGCCUUCGUUUAUCUCCAUUCAUUCAGCAAGAAAGCCCAUGGAGCAACCAAAGCCAACCAUGACGACAUUCAAACCACAAACAGAUUCCGCCAAUCAUAGUUCGGAUCGUCCUCAACACCAGGUCAGCGUGCUGGAAGUCAAAACCCUGCCAGAGAAACCUGCAGGAGUAAUUGACACCAAGACGGUCAGCGAAACGUAUGAAGAAAGCGACGGCUUUGGCAACGUGUUUGUGUCUUCUGUGACCUCAACAUUCGUCUCUAACCAUUCAGACAGCAAAGCGUCUUCUCUGUUUGAAGCAAUGGGGAGUCCAACCAGAUACGAAACUGUGACUUCCCCUUUGAUGAGACGACCUGGAGGCCUCUUUGAAGAGAAAGUCUUUAGCCGCCCCAAAGAGGAAGGGACGGUUUUUGUAACUUUUAGCAGACCCAAGUAAAAUCACACAGACCUUUGUAACUUUAUAAACAUAGGUUUUCAAUCAUGUAUUAUUUCCAGUAUGUUGUAAUGAAAAGUUUUUUUUUGUUUAGCAUAAACAAAUCUUACGAGUCUUUGUCUUAUAGAUUUUAUACUGUAACCGUUGUAAAUCCUGUUAUGUUAGUUGUCAAUAAAAAAAAAGUUUAAAAAAAAUGUAGAGUGUGAAGUAACUUUAAGGUGCUGUAUGGUUUCAUUCAGGAAAUCAUAACAGAUCUGGACUGGGAUCUCGUUGAAUAAAGACAGAUCACACUGAGUUUGCACUGAUCACCAGAAUCACCCACUCUUUGCAGAAAAUGUGGAAAUUAGCAGCCAAGAAACAAUGAACAGUUGGGCCCAAUCUAAAUUCUUCCCUUCUCCCAUCCCCUUAGCCCUUCCCCUCAAUUUGAAGUGGUAGUUUAAGUGCUAGUGUGUCCGGGAUUAUUAUUUUUUUAUUUCACCCUCCAAACGUAGGGGUCCAAAGUCCGCUGUCACAAGGGUAAACCCCAUGAUUGCGCUGAGAAGCGCUUUUCUUUGUGUGGGUGUGGUCUGAAGCACAGAAGUUUACAUUUAAAUAUAAUGACUUUUUGUUGUAGAAAGUAAGAAUUUGGAUUGGACCUUACAGUUACACACAAAGUGAACUGAGAAACUAAAAUGUACAGUUAGUCAAAGUAGGCUAAGUUGCAUGAAUGGUUUCAAAGUUGCAGAAAACAACAUAAAUGCAAGCUAAAUAUGAAAUUGAUUAGUCUGUACAGUUAUCCUCUAACAGAGACUCAGUGUUGGACUUUCAUUUCACUUCUUGGUGAGUUAGCUCAUUCCAUGAACAAAUGUGAUGAUGAAAAAACUAUUAAAAAAAGAGAACAGAGAAAAAAAAUAAAAAAUGAAUACAUGAAUAAAUAAAUGGAUAAAGAAUUUAAAAAAAGGAUGCUUACAAAUCAGGCACACCCAGCUUUACAGGGGAGACAAUGUGUAAAAAAAUUACUACUCUUUCACAGAAACACUGAAAGUGAAGUCCCAUUAGUUGUGUGAAAUUUGUUCCCCGCAUUUGAUGGGGGAGCAGUGAGCUGCAGACACAGAUGCACUUGGAAACCCUUUCAGGUUCUUCUAAAUGUUUAAAAGUUCCCAGACAUAUACAUAUAUUUUUACAAGUACAAGUCAAUUCAAGUGUCAAUUAAAUUAAUUUCAUGAAAAUAAUCAAUUGCACAAAUAAUAUUGUGCCAGAAUUAGUUUAUUAUUAACUCAGGACUGAGUCAGAUUUGCCAUAAGUUUGCUUAAAAAAUAGUAAACAGCUUAGUUUUUUAAAGAUUUAAUAAAAUGUAAAAUAAAAAGGAAAUAGAAAGAUAUAUUUUCUCUAAAAUGAAAGACAAGUAAAAAAUAAAGAAAGUGCCUAAAUCGACAGCUAUGGUCUAAAUAUGGUAGAAUAGUUUCUAUGUAAGAGCAUGGAUGCUUCUUGCUAAACAAGCACUCAAAAAAAAA